CAAGAACGACAACAGUCACAACAACUAACUAAUUCCUUCGUUACCUCGUCAGAUUUUGUUGCUUUCUCCUUUGGACGGGCAGUUUGAUUGAGCUAAUCCCAAGCGAGCUCUGGAAGGAGCUGAGGCGGGAAGAUGCUACUUGCUCACAGGCUGGCCUCGGCGAGAGCUUGCCUGGCUGGAAGAUCACCGUUGAUUGUCCGUACUUGCGUGACUUAUGUGCCGAGCAAGAAACCUUUCGUCUACUACGUUGAAAAGGACGGGCAACAGGUUCCUCUGGACUUAGAAAGCCCAGAUGCACCGCAGUGGCACGACAACAACGACGAUUUCUGGAGAAAAGCAGAUUUGUUUGUGCAAGACCAGCCAGAGGUGCAUCCGCCGUAUCAUCACAUGAAAUGGGCACUUGGACUUCUCGGCUUCGGCAGUCUGUUCUACUUCGUUUUCCUCCAGGACGGCAGCGCAGGGCGGGCAUGGUGCGAUGGUUGGACGAAUCAAGACAAGUACCUGAUGUUUGGCAUGGACCCUGGCGAAUAUCUCACCAAGGAGGAUAGAGAAGUGAUUGCCAAGCGACGCGAGAUCGCACGAAAACUGGUGCGUAUCGUUGCACGGCAGUGUAGUGUUCUGAACUAUCUUUGCUUGAAAUUUGAGAAGCCAGGUUGAUAGUGAAGCAUCCUC